GGUGCUCAGUGCAGUGCGCUCACCAACAAAGUGACAGUGGCCAAAAUGUAUCGGACUAGGCUUUUGACGAAAUGUCCGCCCGUCAAAAAAGGAUGGCCCGUGACGACCGUCCCCUGGUCGCGUUCCAAGACCGUUCUCCUGGAGAAGACGGCAUCGGCAACUGAGGUACCGAAAACGGUUAGACCAUUCGAGGAGAUACCCGGCCCCAAACUCUGGCCAAUCGUUGGAUGUCUGCCCAACUACCGGGCGAGUGACUUCAAGCCCGAGCAGUACCACAAAAUGUGGCAGCGCAGGUACGAGGAGUACGGAAAGGAGAGCAAAAUAGUGGCGGAGCGAGUGUUUCAUCGUCAGUGGGUCAACGUCUAUUCACCGGCCACAGCAAAGCAGGUGUUUGCCCAAGAGGGCAAGUAUCCUGAGCGUCCUCGGGUGGUAAUGUACAUGCUACGCAAGGAACAUCUCGGACAUUUAGGAGUUGCGAUGGGGGAGGGCGUGCAAUGGAAACAAGGACGGAGUCUCUGGAAUCGGAAAGUGCUCCGGCCCCAGGCUGUGGAAGACUACAUUCCCCGUAUCAACGACGUCGUGGAUGACUUCAUUGAGCACAUUCGUCAUUUGGCAAUGGCCGGACCGCGAGAAGUUGACGGACAUCAGCUGAAGCCUGGGGAGGUGCCAAAUCUUCUGACAGAAAUCAUGAAAUGCUCCUUGGAGAUGAUGGGAUCGAUUACACUGAGUAAGCGUCUUGGAGGGAUCAAACCAGGUCUCGAUCUUGACUUGGACGCACACCGUUUCUUGACGGAGAACACGCUGUUCUGGCCCCAUUCGACGAAGUUGGACAUGUCGGCAUUUCAACUCUUCAGGUACUUUCCAAACAAGACGUACAAAGCCAUGAAGCGACACUGGCUGAAUAUGUGCACGAUAACAUCCAAACUCAUGGAGGAAUACAGUGACAGGAUGAAGGAAACCCUUGAGAGCGAGGACUUGGGGGAGGACACGGCUCCCGAUGUUUAUUCCUAUUUCCUUGCCAAGAACACACCAGCUACUGAGCUUCUGGGGCACAUGCAAGAUCUCCUCCAAGUUAGUAUGGAUACGACGUCCAACUCUAUGAACCUGCUGCUGUACUGCAUAGCGAGCAACCCUCGAGUCCAGGAGAAACUAUACAAUGAGGUUAGUGAGGUUCUUCAAGGAGGCAGUGUGACAGUCGAUAAGUUGAAGGAUCUGAGGUACCUUAAAUGUUGCGUCAAGGAAUCAAGCAGAAUGUUCAUGACUAUCCCCGGAACAUCACGUAUUCUCGACCACGACAUCGUGAUAAAUGACUACAAUGUUCCCAAAGGAACCUACAUUAACAUGUGCUUCCAAGUCAUGUGUCGGGAUCCGGAGAUUUUUGAGGAGCCCAACGAAUACAGACCGGAGCGCUGGCUUGAUGUCCGUAAGGCCCCAGACAUGGCAUUUUCACAUCUCCCCUUUGGAUUCGGCCCCCGCAGCUGUGUGGGAAGAAGGCUGGUCGACCAGGAAAUGUACAUUUUGCUUGCCAACUUGGUGUCAAAGUUUCGUAUCGAGAAUCUUUGCGACAGUGAACCUGACUUGAAGUGGAUUGGGAUUAAUCUGACUGCAUCUGAGCCCGUGCGACUCGCCUUUCACGAACGCUGAGGGUGUUGUACAACAGAUAGCGAUUUUGGCAAUGGAUCACCACAAGCAAACCGGUUUUUAUUUUUAUUCUUUUUUAGAGCUGAAGAAAGUUUAAGAGUCCAUAGAAUACUUCUCUCUCAAAUACAAACUUCAUGUAAAUUCCCACUCCUUUUACAUGUAUAAAUAUUAUUCCACUAAUCUUUUUCUUAAUUGUACUGUAUAUAUAAGGACACUUGUAAUCAUUAAUAUUUCCAUGUUAUUCCUGACAAAUGAAGGCGCUGCUGCUGUGGUGUCAUUGCAGGAAGGCAAAGUUUUUCUGCUCGAAUUGUGAAACCAAAAUUACUGUACAUAUGCGUGAGAAAACUUUGCUUGCUGGGUUACUUUUAUAUUAUGGGUUUUUCCCUUACCCAACGUAUAUAUUGAUGAACACUGUAAGAGCAUACAGUGUUUAUCAAUGUAUACGUUGGGUAAGGGCAAAACCCGUUAUAUAAAUUAACAUCUCUCCAAGGCAAAAAUACAUCUUGAAAUACUGGGUUACUGUUACGAAGUCAAGCAACAACAAAUCACAAAAGAAAGAACAUUUAAAACUAGAAAUUGCAUUUGUGGACAAACACAAGCUGUUUGUGAUGACGGUGAUGACCGUCAUGUCACUGAAUUAUGUGAAUUACCUGAUCACAAGGUUAUAACUGUCUUAAGCUGUUUAAGUCUGAAGGUUGCACCACAGGAAUGCCUAACAACAUCACUACAUUUCAUUUUCACGUAUAGCAGGUACCUGUAAAUACUCACAAGUUUUAACCCAAUCCAGCGGACAGUAUACAGGGUGUCCACGAAAAAAACAAAGCCCGAGGAAAGGGGUUAAUAUGC